AAUUCGGAAGUACAAAAUAUGCAAUUUGCAUCAGAAUUGCGAAACAGAAUGGCCCUGAUCGAGCAGAAAUGUUGCAACAACGCAUACAUUCCAAAUAACAUAAGACGAGCGUUAGAUCCGCAGGAAAUUCACGAGCUCAAUUUCCUAUUCCAAACUAUGGACAGAGACAAUGAUGAUUUACUAUCGGAACGGGAAUUGCGCAUGGCAAUGAGAGCACUGGGAUUUACUAACAGUAACAGCAAACUAGAGAUCUACUUUGGAUCUCAAGAUAACGACAAAAGGUUCACAUUGUGUGAAUUCUUGGAACUAGUUAUGGUGCUACAGAAAUCGGGGGAGGAUGUGAUAGCCGAGAUAUUACAGGGUUUUAAAGAAUUUGAUUUAGCUAUGGACCGUGGUUCCUUCCAACAACGCAACGCGGAUGAGGGUUUGUGUCAUAGACAAUUCCAUAAGUCUUACGAGCUUAAGCCUGGGGAACAAUCCCCACCAGAUUUUCAUCCCGGAUCUCCGCUUCGCUAUCACCGAUUCUGGCCAGCCAGGAGUUGUGUGAAAGCUCACGAUCCGCUUUCCCGUGGCUGUAUUACUCGACCCGCGUUCAGUCCUGUGGACUUCGCUAGUCUGAUUUCUAUUGCCUCUAAAUUGCUUGCCUCUGUCAUCCUUCACAGACUGACUAGCACUCGUGAAAGCCAGAUUCGCGAAGAACAAGCUGGAUUUCGUCGAGAUCGUGGCUGA